AUGGUACCAUCCUCUAUUUCUUCAGAAAUACCCGAGAAUAUCAUUAUUGCACGUGACCCAGAUUCUUCAUUAGAUUUUGAAGAGGCUACCAUUCAAGCAAGGCAACUGUUUGAAAAGAUGU